AUGGUGAAGCGUGCCACAGAAGAAGAGAGCAGAGCAUGGGCUGCCCUCCCCUCAAGCACCGAAAUGGCCAUCCGCCACAUGUCCUCCGUCUUCCUCAUGGGCGCACUCCUCACAAUCCUUACGCCCUUCGCUCCCUUCUCCUGGCUAAUUCCAGCCGAAGGUCCUGAGCUGCUCGACACUUUCCUCUCGCCCGUCCUCGUCCUCGGCGCCCUCUACUCCCAAUGGCGCAUCGCAGGCGUCAUCCAACCCGUUGCAGUGGAGUUCGGUGAUGUCGUGUUCAUGUAUCGUCAGGUUAUGUACUGGCAAUUGGCGUUUUUGGAGAUAGUCGUUGUUGUGGCGAUUAAUUGGGCUCAGAAUGAGAUCUAUCGCAGAUUUGCGAGUGUGGGUGUUAUUGCUGGACUGUGGGGGAUUGGGUGGUUUGCGACUCCGUUGAAGAUGAAGUUAGUGGCUUGGGAACACAUAAAGUGGAUUUGGACUUUGAUGGCUUUCAACGAGGCAAGGAGGGUUGUCGGAAGUGGUCGAGGCAGACGGUACUGA